UUAAAAAAUAAUGAUUUUAGUAUGAAAUAAUCAAAAGCAGGAAAUUUUGCCGCUAAAACUGUUUGCAACAACUGUGAAAGGUCAAAUAAGUUUUUGUUAUUUUUAUAAUUGAAAAAUGAAAAUCAAGAAGAAGUUCGCGAACAAACAAUUCUUUUCUUUAUAGAUUCGGGAUUUUUCGCGAUAAUUCCCUUUUAUAAAGGAAAUCGUUAUAUUAUACCAAUUUUUGGGGGGAAGGAAUAACCACUAAAAAAAGGAGAGGAUGAUUUUUCUAAGAUAGGAUAGACUCUAUUGACUGUAUGGGCGUUAGCCGUGCAAUACGAUCUUAACCAAAGGAUAGCCCCGAAGAAUUUUCUUCUGAAUUUAAUGCCCCAGGGUGAUUUACCGCCAUAUUCACAAAUCAACGUUAGAACCGUUUACGUCGAUCACAAAUUGGUGACCGCGAAAUGCUUUCAGUUCUUCCUAACACUCCUCGUCGUUUCUCUCAUAUUUCAUCGAUCCACUCCUGACAUUGGUCGUCGGGUGACGAGACAAAUAAAACCUCUUAUUCCUAAUUCGCUCAAAUAUAAUAACCAAUCCUUUCCCACAAUUAUUACCGGGCUGAGCAGAACGACCCUUUUCGCUUACGAUUGUCACGAGGGUGUUUGCGAAGGACCGGAUAUUCCUGUCGACCCGAUUCCAUUAUUUGCCGGAUUAGAAACCCGAUUACGAAUAACCGGUACAGGCUUACCAUACCCGAGUGAAUACACCGGUUUUCGGAUAGCCUUUGCUAGAAUUCAGAGUGUUUUGGGAUCCAAAGGCGGGAAUGCAAUGAAGGGAAAAGUCAAUAAUAAAAUAAAUGGAGUUUCGGAUAAAAGCACUAAUGCCAAUAAUUCUAACAAUCAAGAUCAGAAUCUCACUUAUGUACCCACUUACCCUUCAUCUUGCGAAGAUCACAUAGUGACUGAAAUAUUCAAACCGUUGAACCCCAGUCAAAUUAAAUCCCCCAACCCCAUCGCCCUUGCCACCUCCAAAUUGCGGGCCGGAAAGGUGGUCAGUGCUCCCGAUUCGACUUUCCUUCCCUACGAAUUUUCCAGUAAUAAUUUUCCUACUCAUGUCGAUCACCUACUCUUUGACAUAACUCUCCCUCUAUCCGAUUCGGCGUACGCCCUCUGCUACCGACCCUCCCAGACUUCCAGAUGGCGCUUCGCCGCUACUCGAGUCCAGAGCCAGUGGUUUAACGCUCGGACGUACCCCGUCAAAUCUCGUUACCUGCUCCCCUUGUGGCUCGAACUGACCCUCGUCUUUUGUCUUUUCGCCCUGUCGGGUCUUUUCUCCGGUUUAAAUUUGGGUCUCAUGAGUUUGGACCGCACGGAGCUACGCUUGCUUGCCAACAGCGGAACAGCCAACGAAAAAAGAUGCGCAGUAAAGAUCGCUCCAUUGCGCAAGCGCGGUAAUUUUCUGCUCUGCACUCUCGUGUUCGGUAACGUUUUGGUUAACUCUACCCUUACCAUACUGGUCGAAAACCUAUCUUCGGGCAAAAUAGCCGUACUCGUUUCCACCAUCGGGAUAACGCUGUUCGGGGAGAUUAUACCUCAAGCCGUUUGCGCCAAGUACGGGCUUGAGAUAGGAGCCAAGACUGUGUGGAUCACGAAAUUCUUCAUGGUCCUGACCGCGCCCUUGGCGUAUCCCAUCUCUCUCGUGCUCGACAAAGUUCUGGGGGAGGAUAUAGGCAGCGUGUAUGACCGUCAGCGGUUAAUAGAACUCGUCAAACUUUCCUCCGCCGAUUUCGGGGGAAACGUGCUGGGCAAAGAAGAAGUGGACAUCAUAACAGGCGCCCUAGUCAUGAAGAAUAAAACGGUUGAGCAAAUCAUGACUCCCGUUCGAGACAUAUACAUGGUGGCCUACGAUUCUUACCUGGACUUUGCCACGCUUUCCGAUAUUGUAGGUUCCGGUUACACCCGAAUACCAGUUUUUAAAAACGGCGACCGAAAAAAUAUAGUCGGCGUGCUGAACGUGAAGGACUUGGCAUUUGUGGAUCCCGACGACAAAAUCCCCCUUAAAACGGUUUUAGAUUUUUAUGACCAUGCCGUGGCUUACGUGUUCGAGGAUACCUCUCUCGGUGCUAUACUAGAAGAAUUCAAGAAAGGUAGUUCCCAUAUGGCUUUUGUCAGGAAAAUAAUAGCCCAACCGGAAAAGGACCCCUAUUACGAAAUUACGGGACUGGUUACGUUGGAAGACGUGAUCGAAGAAAUCAUCCAAGGCGAAAUCCUAGAUGAAACUGAUAGAUUGCUGGACAAUCGGAACAAGCAGAUACGACAACAGAAGAAGAUGCAUGAUUUCAGUUGGUUCAUACGAAGCGGACUCGGGGGAAAGGCGGCUGAAAGCGAGCUCCAGGAUUCGCCUAUGACGCCUCAAAUGGCCCUCGUCACUUACCAAUUUCUCAAUUCAAAUGUCGAUGCUUUCAAAGAGAUUCACAUAUCUCACAACGUGCUAAGGAAAUUGGUUAGACAACCAGAAUUGCUUCAAGUCUUCAGCUUGAAGAAUGGCGAGGACACUGUCGGCUUUUGGAACCCUCAGAUCGAUACAGAUAAAUCUAAUCAAAUUUACUCCAAAGGUGUUCCUGCGGACUAUUUUAUCCUCAUACUGGAAGGAAAGGUUAGAGUUUACGUUGGCCAAGAAAAUAUUUGCUUUGAAUCCGGACCUUUCAGCUAUUUCGGCAUAAAUUCUCUCGACGCUCUAAGCACGGACGAAAAGCUUAGUAAAGUGCUCGAUACAGGCUUUCAACUAUCUAGCGAAGCCCUUAACCAAAUUCUCAAGACGAUAUCUCCCUUCGUUCCAGAUUACACGGUGCAAGCCCUGACCUCGCUGCUUUACCUCAGAGUCAAGAGAAGUCAGUACUUGGCGGCCCUUAGAGCGAGCAUGCUGGAGAGAAUGACCGGUGCCGGCCCUACGCCCAAUGUCAUUGAAAUAGCACCCACAACGCAAACUCCUACCUCCUUGUCCCCCGAUAGUCUGGCCUCUACCGUCAGUAUCAAAAUUGAUAAGGAUGAUAACAAAAAAAUAGGGGAUUUCAACAUUGAACUCAAACCCUUAUCAUCUACCUACCCAACAGAUAAAUCGCGAUCGCCUAGGCUCAAUUCUAUGAGCUUGUCGGAAGAGGACGAGAGCGCCCUGGAAAAUGAUUACUACGAAAAUUUGAGCGAAAAUGAAGGAGAAUCGCUUUCCACUUUAUUAACCUCACUAACUAAACCGAACCAUACCAAUAAAAUCUCCAUUCGGAGCGAAUACUCACCCAAGAAAAAGGACAAGUCGGUUAGCUUGAGAUCGCUCUACGGAGAAUUCCUGAGCCGAAAAAAUGAAUUCAGUCCUCGAAAUAAAAGGGACCUAUUUAAACACGGGACUAGCCAGUCUCCUAUCUUCACCACAAAAUCGCCCUUGAUCAAAGAAUCGUCGCCUUUUAAAGCACCGUCGUCAGGGUCCUUCUUUAACAAUAACUACAAAAAUUACACAUCUGUUGAGGGAAAGGAAACGGAGACGGAAACCGACGAUGAAGUUAAAUCCCGAUCGCAAAGCAUAUCCGUGAAUCGUCAAUCCCAAAGGGGUAAAUCCGCACGGCGAUCUACCAAAAAUUACGACGGUACUAAAGGCGUUUCCCUGUUAGAUUUAAUAGCCACAAACCAAUCUCCUACAAAAUUGGACAACCACACCGAAUCCUGCAAAUCCCCACCCUCUCUUAAAAUAUUUUUCCCCGAUUCCUAAUAGAAGAAGAAGAUGAAAAAAUAGUCAUUUACUGCGUCUAUCAUGUAGGAUUUCUAGUUUAAAUAAACAAUCAUUUUUUUUAUAGGACAUCUCCCAGCUAAUUUUUUCUAAUUUCUAGAAUGAUUAAAAUUGAAUUAUAGAAUUAUAUUUAACUUAAUUUUACUAUCCAAUUUUUCAUAUAUAUAUAUUUAAACAUCCCUAACCUAUUUAUAUUAUCUUCCUAUGGUUUAUAUCCUAUACUCCUAUCAAAACCUUGGAUGCAUCAAACAGAAUAUUUUAUUAACCCUACUCCCAAAAGCCUUUUUUAAAUCACUUUUACUUUUUGUUAACUCCAAGUCUACUUUUAUUUAACAAGCCUCCCUGGGUUUUUGCCAGUUUAUAAAUUUGUUGUAAAUUUAUAAUCUCCUUCCUUUUCCAUCAUUCAUACAUCUUUAUAAAUGACCCGCCGGUUAUCCGAUCCGAUCUUUUAAAUUUACCGAGUCCAUAUAAACUUUAAUUUGGUAUUUUUAUUCUAACUGCAUUUGAAUUAUAGUCGCUUUAUAAAUAUAAUCGUUAAUAAUAAAUAAAAAAUAUUACCGAUGUUCCUCGCAAAAAAAAUUUUGAAUCAUAUAUUAUAUAUAUAUAAAUAUUUUAUUUCUAUUUUCUCCUAAUAGAAAAAUUUAUUAUAAAUUUGUUAAAAUUUUGAGUUCAGGACACGACAAUUUAUAU